UCACUCCCGAAUCUUCUGAUAUACUCGGCUACAGCACAAGUAGAAAAAAUCCUAGGAGCUUUUCCGGUCUGCUAGCCUUAAUUUCCUCUCAAGUCUAAGAGCAGAGAGGAGCAGAAGGAGAGGACCCUCAACCCGAGACAGACCUACGCUUGGAGAUCGGGCAUAUGCAGCAGCGUGCUACCAACAGACUACCAAAUACAAUCUUCGCUUGAACUGAUGGAGAUGGUUUCUUGAGGAGAGGCAUGCACCGCGGAGUAAUGCUUGUCCCCGGCCUGUGCUGGGAAAUGUCUACGACGUGGAUGUGAGCGAGAGUGGAUUGGUCUGCCCGGACGAAACGCACAGGUCUCGCACCGCCGCUCAUGAGUGACUACGAUAUCCACGCGUUGACGAAAGAGCCAACCGAGCAGCUCUCGUUCUCUAGCUGUGUCAUUCCACGGCCCCACAGUAACAAUGGGCAGCCUAAUUUAUCGGUUACAUAACUGAAACUGAACGUAUUUGUCGGUCACCGGUGGCGGUGAUCUGUGUCUGUGUGCGCCCGUGUGGUGGAGCUAAGGGCAGGGCUGUCUUGUCUGUAACCCACAUACCCGCUGAGUAGACUGGACUUAACUGUAGCCUGCUAGUGCACUAACCACCGGCCAGCCCAACGGGAACCCUGUAUGGAAACUGGAGUCAAACGCAGAUGAGGGGAACAGCUUUCCCUCUGUCUUGUUUUCUCUCUCUCCGGCCCCUGGGCUGAUCCUUUUGGGGUUCUGCCAGAAGCAUCUGGAAAGGAUAACACAGAAAGAAAACUGCUGGAAAAUAAAUCAUCUUGGAUGGACGAGCAUCCUUUGGAUAAAGUCUCUCUGACAACAGCCUAAUUGAAUAGCCUAGCCUGCUGCUAAUUUAAGAGAGAAAUAUAUGAUUGAACACUGGGUUUUUAUCAAAGACAGUUUAGUAUAGGGUUUUUAUUUGUAUACCCUACAACUGGAAGUUGCUGUUAUUGAUAAGUUAUAAGGCUACACUGUUAUUAAGUGCUUUUAUUGUGCCAUUGUGGGUAGGCAGUGACCUAUUCACCAGGAUACAUGGAAAGCUGUCUGUGGCUAAUCAGUUUGAUGCACUGUUUAAGGAAAACCUGAUUUUCUUAACUUUAAAGCCACAACAAGCGGAAAUCACUAUGCCGGUGGGAGAAGACCUUGAUUACACUGAAAUAUGCUUUUAAUUGGGGACCUGAAUCGAUUUUUGUUCUACAAAUAUUUGAAUGAUUACCGUUUCGUUUAUGUCUAACUUGAAAACCCUGAAACCUGAAAUUCCAAAACUCCAGCCGAAUUGAAGAUGUGCGCUGCCAGGUUCAGUAGUAGUAGUGUCAACGGCUGUGGGGGGGUAGGGGAUCGGGAUGAGACCGCGACUAACGGCCCCGGUAACAGCCCUGGUGCGGGCCCAGCCACCGCCUCCCGCAUGCUGGACUGGUCGGAAUCGGGGCCCCGCAUCCUCCACAGCCUUGAGAUCGGCACGGUCAUGACCGUGUUCUACCAGAAAAAGUCUCAACGGCCAGAGAGGAGGACCUUCCAGAUAAGACAGGACACCAGACAAAUUGUCUGGAGCCGCAACCCUGACAAGAUGGAAGGAGAGAUUGACAUGAGGGAGAUCAAGGAACUGCGGUUGGGAAAAGGAUCCAGGGACUUCGAGCGUUAUCCGGAGGAGGCUCGCAAACUAGACCCCUCCCACUGCUUCAUUGUGCUUUACGGACUGGAAUUCCGCCUCAAAACCCUCAGUGUGGCCGCAUUUAGUGAGGAGGAGGUGAAUAUGUGGAUUACUGGACUCAGCUGGCUGAUGCUGGAUACUCAGAGAGCUUCUGCAACCCAGCAGAUUGACAGGUGGCUAAGAAGACAGUUUGAAGGGAUGGACAGGAAUCGUGAGGGCAGCAUUACAGUGAAAGAUGUGAAGGCCCUGUUACCUCAGAUCAACUACAGAGUCCCCAACAUGCGCUUUCUAAAAGAUAAGCUACAGGAAGUGGAAGCCCGGUGUGAUCUCUCCUUUCCUCACUUUGCUCAGCUCUACAGAACACUGAUGUUUGACGCACAGAGGAGUAUCAUUGAGCAGCUGGAGCUUUCUUUCCCCCUCCGGAACGUGGACAGACCGGAGCUGUGUCAGAUCUCUUUGUACGACUUCCAGAAGUUUCUACAGCUGGAUCAGAAGGAGUCGUGGGCGUCAGACCUGAACCGGGUCAGAGAGGUCCUGAUGGGGUACCUGAGGGGUGGUCCACUGACAGAACCUGUGCUGCAGCUGGAUGAGUUCCUGACAUUCCUGUACUCCAAGGAAAACUCAGUGUGUGAUCCUCGACCUGCUUCUGUUGUCUCUGAUGACAUGAAACGACCCCUGUCCCAGUACUGGAUCUCAUCAUCACACAACACGUAUCUGACUGGUGAUCAGUUCUCCAGCGAAUCAUCUCUGGAAGCAUAUGCCCGCUGUCUGAGGAUGGGCUGUCGCUGCAUAGAACUGGAUUGCUGGGAUGGGCCCGAUGACCUGCCAAUCAUCUACCACGGCCACACUCUCACCUCCAAGAUCAAGUUCCUGGACGUGCUGCACACCAUCAAAGAACAUGCCUUUGUCACGUCAGAGUACCCAGUGAUUCUGUCCAUUGAGGACCACUGUAGUGUGGUCCAGCAGAGAAACAUGGCUACUCACUUUAAGAAGGUGUUUGGAGACCUGCUGCUGACCAAACCUGUGGACAUUAACACCGACCAGCUGCCCUCGCCCUACCAGCUACGCAGGAAGAUACUCAUUAAGCAUAAGAAACUGGUGGAAGGCACUCUGUAUGAAGAAGUGACGUCAGCCAGUUACUCAGAGAAUGACAUUAGUAACUCCCUGAAAAAUGGCAUCCUCUAUCUGGAAGACCCCAUUGACCAUACAUGGACACCACACUACUUUGUUCUGACCAGUAAUAAGAUCUACUACUCAGAAGAGACCUCUCAUUACCAGACGGCUGAGGAAGAGGACGAAGAGGAAGUAUGCAAAGAGGUGAGAGCCAUGGUGACAAACGAGUGUAACAACAACGAUCAGCACUGUGCAGAGAGUUGGUUCCAUGGCAAGUUGGGAGGGGGCCGAGAUGGGAGGCAGGUUGCAGAGAAACUGCUGCAGGAGUACUGUGAGGGCGGAGCCAAGGAUGGGACCUUCCUGGUCCGAGAGAGUGAGACCUUCGUAGGAGACUACACUCUGUCCUUCUGGCGAUCUGGGCGUGUUCAGCACUGCAGGAUCCACUCCCGCCAGGAGUCUGGCUCCACCCACUACUACCUGACGGACAACCUAGUGUUUGACAGCCUGUACAGACUCAUCUGCCACUACAGAGAUACGCCCCUACGCUGCAAUGAGUUUGAGAUGAGGCUGGGCAGCCCUGUUCCACAGCCCAACGCACAUGAGAACAGAGAGUGGUUCCACUCCAGUUUGUCCCGUGUCCAGGCUGAACACAUGUUGAUGAGGGUACCCAGGGAUGGGGCCUACCUGGUCCGCAAACGCAAUGAGGUCCAUUCAUACGCUAUCUCCUUCAGGGCUGAGGGUAAGAUCAAACACUGUCGCAUUCAGCAGGAGGGCCGUAUGUUCAUGUUGGGGAGCUCGGCGGAGUUCGAGAGCCUGGUUGACCUGGUCAGCUACUAUGAGAAACACCCCCUGUACCGCAAGAUGAGGCUCCGCUACCCCAUUAAUGAGGACACGCUGGACCGCAUGGGCACCACGGAGCUAGACUACGGAGCGCUGUAUGAAGUCAGAACCCCACACUUCUACGUUGAAGCCAACAAGAUGCCAAUGGCAAGGUGUACGGUCAAAGCCUUGUAUGACUACAGACCCCAGAGAGACGAUGAGCUAUGUUUCCCAAAACAGGCCCUCAUCCUUAGUGUGGACAAACAGGAGGGAGGCUGGUGGCGAGGUGACUAUGGAGGGAAGAAGCAGCUCUGGUUUCCUGCCAACUAUGUAGAAGAAGUCCCCAACUCACCCGCCCUUGAGACAGGAGACGAGGCAUCAACAGAGAACAGUCCUCUAGGAACCUUACUCAAGGGCUUCAUUGAUGUUCCCACCUGUCACGUAGUGGUUCAGAAGGAUGGGAAGACUUCCAGGCCGUAUGUGUUUACGAUCCACUCCCAACAGAUGUCCAGUCACCCGGUCACCAUGCUGGACGCUGCAGCAGAGACUCUGGAGGACCUGACUGGCUGGGUGGGGAAGAUCAGAGAGGCUGCCCAGAACGCAGAUGCACGGAUGCAGGAAGAGAAGCAGAUGGAGAGGAGAAAAAAGAUAGCUCUGGAGCUGUCGGAACUGGUGGUGUACUGCAGACCGGUCCCCUUCAACGAAGACAAGAUCGGGACGGAGCGUGCUUGUUACCGGGACAUGUCAUCCUUCCCAGAGACCAAGGCAGAGAAGUUUGCCACACGCGCACGAGGGAAGCGCUUCCUGCAGUAUAAUCGCCGUCAGCUCUCCAGGGUGUACCCCAGAGGACAGAGGCUGGACUCCUCCAACUACGACCCUCUCCCCAUGUGGCUCUGUGGAUCCCAGCUGGUCGCUCUCAACUUCCAGACCCCUGACAAGCCCAUGCAGUUGAACCAGGCUCUGUUCAUGCUGGGUGGGGGGAGUGGCUUUGUCCCCCAACCUGACAUCAUGAGAGACGACACUUUUGACCCUUUCGACAAGGACACCCUCCGUCUGGAACCAAUCACCAUCCAGCUGCAGGUUCUGGGAGCUCGUCACCUCCCUAAGAACGGACGCAGUAUUGUGUGCCCCUUUGUGGAGGUUGAGGUGUGUGGAGCAGACUAUGACUGCAGCAGGUGCAAGACUGAUGUUGUGGCUGAUAAUGGUUUGAAUCCAGUGUGGGUCCAGAAGCAGUUUGUGUUUGACAUUCACAAUCCUUCCUUCUCCUUUCUGCGUUUCCUGGUCUACGAGGAGGACAUGUUCUCUGACCCAAAUUUCCUGGCCCAGGCAACUUUCCCUGUCCGCUCACUAAGAACAGGUUACAGGAGUGUUCCACUAAAGAACAGCUACAGUGAAGAUUUGGAGUUGGCGUCACUGCUAGUUCACAUUGAGAUUGUCAAUGCCAAGGAGGAAGAUGAUGAGAAUCUCUACUCGUCCAUCCAGCGGCUCAGAGACCGCACCAAUGAGCUGUCCAGUCAAGUGUCUAUUCUGGAGAGGGCGGGGUCAGGGGGUGACCAUAGCUACCAGCAGAGUCUGGAGGAGCUGAGAGCAGCGCAGGAUCAACUCAAUGAGCUAGUGGAGGCACGGAACCACAGGCUAAUAGAGAAGAAGAAGAGGGAGAGGUUGAGGCAGCAGGUUGGGGCCAAGCGCGUCUAAAACCCCAGCCAACAGAGGGCGCCACAACCACAUCAGUCUGGAGCUGGCAGUGUAGGACCAACCAACGUCUUUCUGCCUGGUGCUCAGUCUGACCACAGAUGAUCUUGAGUUAGUUAUAAAAAUAUUUGGUCUGGACAGUACAGGUCCAAAAUCCACCCAACGUACCUCUGCCUGCCUGCUGCACACAGACCACACACCUAUGUGGUCAUUCCACCAGUCACUGAACUUAGCACGCUGUCAGGGCCAAUAGACUAGUAAUGAGCCAGACAGCACGAUACAGGACUACACAGUGUGUUAGAUGAGAAGACACGCAAAGCAACAUUCUCAGUGGUCUCAUCUCAAGUUCUAAAGAGAAACAAUCAAAUGUAAAUACAUAUUGUUCAAAAAGUUGUAGGGAAAAAAAACUGGUUACAAGUGUUGCUCUGAACUGAAAGGGGUUGUCAAACCGAGCCGCUGAACUGAAUCCAGAGGAUCUAUAGUGGGACGACACAAAGUAGCAGUACAGCUCCCAAGAAAAGGGAUUUGAAAGAUGUCCGUCUGUUUGUGCCUUGAUGUUGAUAUCAGAUUAGCAGCUUCUUCUACGAGAGUAGUAAGGGUUGUGUGUCAGAUAGUUAACCAAUAGAAUAAUGUAUGUCGAAACCUAGCCAUGCUUGAACUUGUCUCUAAACUGGGAACUGGAAUAACUGACUUAUGUUGACCACAGAGAAGCUAUAGGAGCCAGGAGUUACACUUUUGGCUGAGGUGCAGAAAAGAUGUAUGGACUGGCUCUACAAGGGCUUUUAAACAGGAGCAGGACCAAUUCUAUUCCUCAAAAAAUAUACUCUCCUGGAGCAGUAGAUUGACUAGGGAGGGAGUGACAGAGGCAGGGGUCUGGUAUUGCUGCAUUGUACACAAUAUAGGUCCCUCAUCUUUGACCUGGGAGAGCACAAACUGGACUUUUAUUGCGGUGUUCAACAGAAACUUAAUAAAACUGCACGUCAUACUUAAAGGGCUUUUCAAAAUACUACCUUUUGUGGAGGAAAGAGAAUUCCAGAUAUAUGUGAUCUCUCCAACACAGGGCAUGGUUUGUCUUGAACCUUGGUGGGCUAUUCUGGUCUGUGCUGUUCUGUUUGGAGCAAAGAAUCCUGGGGUGUGUCCUAAAUGCUGUGAUUUAGGAUGCACAAAUGGCAAACAAGGGCUAUCUAUGUCUGACAGGAACUACUAAUAAAUGAACCUGCUGCACCUUAUUACAUUUCCAGAUCCUAUCUGCCAGGUUAUCCUUAGCCACAGAUCUAGAGUCAUAUGUUGGCAUUUCUCAUUCUUGAAUAUGAUAAAAUGGGCCUAUGAUCUGUUGUUUGGGGUCACUGCUACCCAUGCAUGUCUACCAUUCUCUCCAUUCUAUAAAAGUAGACAAUAUAGAUACAGAUUGCAAUGUGACCACUCUGAUUAAACUUGGAUAAAUAUAUAAUAUAUACAGUAGCUAUGGAAUAGGAUGUCAUUUGGGAUGCAAACCUCAUCUUUUCCUCUAUUCCUCCUCCCCUUCUUGUCCAUUUUUAUCAGUUUUUUGAUCGACUAUUUGUUGUAUAUAACUUUUUUUAUUUAUCGCACAGGUAUACAGAGCCUGUUUACAAAAUUAAAGAACAUAUAGAUAUAUGAUAAUGGAAUCCAGAGCAGGCUGAAUAUGCUGUAGCUUAUUCUAUAUUGGUAGAAAUUUGAUAUUGUGUACUUGGCUGACAUAGCACACAUUUCCCCAUUCCCUUCCCUAAUUCUCAACCUCCACUACAAUGUAGUCUGACCAGGUGAAACAGUGAUCCCUAGUGGCUGUUUUGGCUUACUACACUCCAGUGGCUAGAGGUUUCAAUGCAGAUGUUGCUUGCUAUGGUCGGCAUUGUCUAAUAUGUCACUUACUGUAUCUAUGCUGACUGUCCAGUAUAAUUACUCUGCCAUUAAAAACAUGUAAGUUUCCAUUUUUAAAAUAAAGCAGUUUCAGGUAAAGCA